CACAAAUGGUGAAAACUAUUGGUCCCCUUCUGCAAAUAAACCCCAACUUUAACUCGGUUCUCCACCCCCUCUCCUUCUCCAAUCACAUUGCGCCACUUAUCAACCUCACCCUAUUCGUAUUCUUUAAGUCCGGCACGGCCGUCUUGGACUCUUGUCGGUUCCAAUCUUAGGGUUUCCUUUGGUUUCUUAGCUGCCUAAAGCAUUAGAGUUGUGGUUCACCACCUGUGGCUAGAAUGGAGAGUUUCGGUGGUUUGGGAUUCGGUGAUGUAAACAGUGCUGCAAGGAGGAAAAGGAGUAAUACAUCUCGUCGUCCUCGAAAUGAAUCACAGUUUCCUUUGGAUCAUCGCGACAUCUCUUCCCUGUCAUCAACUCCUCCUUCAGACGAUAAUAUGACUAAAGCUGAGGGAGGGGGAUAUGUAGAAUCUGAUGAAGCUUCAAAUAAUGGCUCUUUUCGUGGCAGUAACGAGCAUAGGCACUCUACAAGGUCCAGCAAGGGUAUCCUUGGCCCGGCUAAUAGGAAAGUCCCGAACAAGGAUGGGUCUAUUAGUAUUGGUUCAGAUAACAUAGAGAAUAAGAGUACUGUGAAAAAGGUCAAGCUUAAGGUUAGUGGUGUUACACACACAAUUCCGGCCAAGUCUACAUCUGAUGGUGCAUCUAAUGUUGGGUUGACUGCUUCAAAAUCUUCUCAUAUUUCAGAUGCCCCUCGACCACGGAAGAGGUUGAUUCUUCAGGAAAAUUCAGAUGACAAUGGUUCUUUUGGUUCAGAUAAAGGAAAUGGGUUACGAGGCGUUGCGUUUAAGGAUCCAUCUAAAAAUGUCCUUGAUGCUGGGAAGAAUGAUAUUUCAAGGGGUAGGUUGCCUGAAGAACCUACUCGCAAGAGCAAACGGGUCCCGAAGAGACGUGUGCUGGAUAAAACAGAUGAUGUUGGAGAUGAUGACGAUGAUGUGGAAGUUCAAUACCUUGAAAAACUAAAAAAUUCUAAGUUAAACACAGAUUACAGUUUGGACUACCAAGAGGAUGAGGAAAGAGCAGUCAGGAAAGAAAGGAAGAUUUCAAGAGUGUUGAAGGGAAGUAGUGUUGGCCAGUACAGUGUAGAUUUGGUAGAUUAUGGCAUAUCAAGGCCAGACAAGGAGGGUAAGAAGUCCAGAUCAGGAAGAGUGGUUGAUGAUACUGAUUAUGUUGAAGAAGAGGAAGCUGAUUCCGAUGGUGAGCCAGAACUCAUGAUCCUGGAAAACUCGAGAAAGGAGUUUGUUGACUCUUCCUCAGAUAAUAAGGAGAUGACAAUUACUACUCGUCGAAGGGCUCUUCAAACAAGUAAAGAUGUCUCUUCCAGCAUAGGUGCGAGUGUAAUUGAGUUUCCCAACGGGUUGCCCCCUGCACCACCAAGAAAGCAAAAAGAGGAACUCUGUGCUGUGGAGCAGCAACUGAAGAAAGCUGAGGCUGCUCAGAGACGGAAGAUGCAAGUAGAGAAAGCAGCCAGAGAAUCGGAGGCUGAGGCAAUCAGAAAAAUUUUGGGCCAAGAUUCCAGUCGGAAGAAAAAGGAAGACAAGAUAAAGAAACGGCAAGAAGAUAUGGCACAGGAAAGAGCUGCAAAUGCUAUGCUUCCAUCAGAUUCGGUUCGAUGGGUGAUGGGUCCAUCAGGAUCAAUUGUUACUUUUCCCGAUACAGUUGGCUUGCCAACCAUAUUUGACUCUAAACCAUGCAGUUACCCUCCUCCCCGUGAGAAGUGCGCGGGACCAUAUUGUACAAACCCAUACAAGUACAGGGAUUCCCAGUCAAAGCUCCCUCUCUGCAGUCUCCAGUGCUACAAGGCAGUCCAUGAGAAGAUGCCAUCUCUACCUGCAUGUAAUUCAAAUUCAGUGAAAUAAGUUUUGCUGCCAAUACCCUGCACUUCAUUCGCACUCUAAUUUAAAAGAUGUAGUCUUUGGAGAUAUAUGUAUAUAUAUACACAAUCUAAUAUCAUAGACAUUGAAAU